AUGAAUCUGAAUUUCACAUCCCCGAUUCAACAAGUUUCUGCCCAACGGCCAACGUCUUUCUUCAUCGAAGACAUUUUACUGCACAAACCCAAGCCAUUGAGGGAAGCCCCUCCCGUCUCCUUCGCCAGUUCCUUGGCAUCCCGCGUCCCUUUACUAGAGUAUGGAUACCCUAUCGUGCCAACCCCGACCAUACUGGCACCUCAUCCUCAUCACCCACUACACAAACCGGAGCACCAUCACCCUUACUUUCUCACGUCGCCUGGUAUGCAUAUGCCAGCUCUUUUCCAACAUCCACCGGAGCUUCCAGGCAAACACUGCAGGCGGCGGAAAGCCAGGACCGUCUUCUCGGACUCACAACUCUCAGGCCUGGAGAAACGCUUCGAGAUUCAGCGUUACCUCUCAACCCCAGAGAGGGUGGAGCUGGCAUCGGCACUCAGUCUCUCGGAGACCCAGGUCAAAACGUGGUUUCAGAACCGACGGAUGAAACAUAAAAAACAGCUAAGAAAGACGCGGGAUGAUCACGGUCCGAAAAGCUCCCCCGCUGGGGAACGGUGUCUAGAGUCCAGCGUCAGUGAGGCGGUGUUAAGCCAGAAAAGUUCCUCAGACAUAAAGCCUUUAAGCAGCCAGAACGCCUUUCUGUUGGAGGACCGUGAAGAUGAUGUGGAUAUAAUAGAAGAUGAUGACAUUUGUUCUGCUGAUCAUAUAAUGUAA